AUGGCAGUGCUGAACGACUGGCCUCCAGAGAACAUUAUCUACACCAGCAUAGUGGGUGUUGUUCUCCUAAUGGCAUGCCUCGAGUGGUUCUUAUGGCUUGCAGCCUUUGUUUACUGCAUCGUCAAGGUCUUUCAAAAGUCAGAACACUGGUCUAUCAAUGUGCUAUGCAUUAUCGUCGGAACCGCCUUUGUUCUUCUACGAGUUAUAUUCCUUCCGAUCAUGGUGGUCACAUUGCCCCUUCCCGAUACAGUUACAAGACUCUGGCCAGACGAGAUGGUAUCAUUUCUACAGUGGUUCGCCUUUUGGGCCUUUGCUAUCCUCUUGACAGUGCCAUGGCUGUUUUGCAUCUACCAAGUCGUGACAAACCAACUCGGGCGAACGAAGCGAAUAAAGCAGGUUCUAGACGAUGUCACGGCGCCCAAAGUCGUCGUCGUUAUGCCUUGCUAUCGAGAAGAGCCAGAAGUCCUCAUCAAAGCUAUCAACUCGGUUGUCGACUGCGAUUACCCUCCGGCAUGUAUUCAUGUUUUCCUAUCCUUUGACGGAGAAGACGAAGACGACCUAUAUCUCAACACAAUCCGUCAGCUGGGCGUACCGUUGACAAGAGAGUCAUAUCCUGGAAGUAUCGACGUUAAGUACCGAUCCGCACGAGUGACCAUCUCCCGUUUCCCACACGGAGGGAAGCGUCACUGCCAGAAAGUGACCUUCAAACUUAUCGACCGAGUAUAUGAAGAGUAUCUUAAGAGAAAUGAUAACCUCUUCAUCCUUUUUAUCGACUCUGACUGCAUAUUGGACAAAGUAUGUUUGCAAAACUUUGUCUACGAUAUGGAGCUCAGUCCCGGUAAUACUAGAGAGAUGCUGGCUAUGACAGGCGUCAUCACCUCGACGACAAAGAAACACAGCAUUAUUACUCUACUGCAGGAUAUGGAGUACAUUCAUGGGCAGCUGUUUGAACGGACAGUUGAGUCCGGUUGCGGCUCUGUCACCUGUUUGCCAGGAGCGCUGACCAUGCUGCGCUUUUCAGCUUUUCGAAGAAUGGCCAAAUACUACUUUGUGGACAAGACAGAGCAGUGUGAGGAUCUGUUUGACUUCGCCAAAUGCCAUCUUGGAGAGGACCGCUGGUUGACACAUCUCUUCAUGAUCGGUGCCAAGAAAAGGCACCAGAUCCAGAUGUGUACGUCGGCAUUCUGCAAGACAGAGGCUGUCCAGACAACUCGGUCCCUGAUUAAGCAGAGGCGCCGAUGGUUCCUCGGUUUCAUAACGAACGAAGUUUGUAUGCUUACCGAUUGGCGUUUGUGGAAACGAUAUCCUAUCCUGAUCCUGGUCCGAUUCAUGCAGAAUACCAUACGUACAACAGCUCUACUCUUCUUCAUCAUGGUAUUGGCUUUGAUGACGACAGUCAAGAAAGUGGACGACCUCCCCGUAGGAUUCAUUGCUAUCUCUCUUGGGCUCAACUGGAUGCUGAUGCUCUACUUUGGAGUCAAGCUGCGACGAUUCAAGAUCUGGCUGUACCCGCUCAUGUUCAUUCUCAACCCGUUUUACAACUGGUAUUACAUGGUGUACGGGAUUUUCACAGCAGGGCAGCGAACUUGGGGAGGGCCGCGAGCCGAUGCUGCGGCAGCGGACAGUCAUACAACAGCAAGAGAGGCGGUAGAACAAGCUGAGAAACAAGGAGACGAGCUAAAUAUCGUCCCGGAGACUUUCAAGGUGGCACACAAAGCGCGUAAGACUGCCUCGAACCGUGAGUCGACCACAACAAGCGAAAUCAGUCGAACAAGAAGCGUGGUGCGUCCGCCUGACAAGAUUGAUGGAAAGUUCUCGGCACGUCAAAAGACUGCAUUGGGAACAUAUGCUCAUCCAGACGAAAUCGAUGCAAGCGCUGUGGAUGUCGAGAAAGGAAAAGGCGCAGCUGGAGGUUUCUUCAAUGAUCGCGACUCGUUGGAUAGUAUCCCGUCGGCUCGAGAUGCCGGCCUGGGGGUUGGUACACCACGACGGAUGAAGCUUUUGAUGAAUGAAGAGAAUCUUCGGAAGUAUCAACUCGCGCAACGGAUGCAGAGUCGAGUUUCUGGAAACGACGAGACGGCAGGUGCCUACAUCCAAACAAACGAAUUCUCGGCUUUUCCUCAAGGACACUCGGCAAGCAUGAAUGACGUUAUCUUGGGUGACAUAGGUGCCAAUAAUGCUGUCGCUAGUGGCCGCCGGAGUGAGGGUAUUCAGAGAUACUCACAGGGCACAGGAUCAGACAACGAACGAUCGAGGCAUGACAGAAACUUAUCCUUUGCUAGUCGUAUGGCAAAAGGGAGACCGAAAGGAAGUCGCUAA